UUCGGGUGAUUUCCACCUCAACUCUUCCGCAUUUUCCUGCCGCUCUCGGGCUGUGACGUGUCGUGCUGACGGCGGCCUCGGAGCUGGAGAAGCGGGGGGCUGUAGCAGGACACUGUCUGGCUCCAGACGUCCUGCUUCGCUUUUCAGCGGUGUUCCAGAAACAACCCCCUCACCCCUCCUUCUCUGCUCGUUCCCGGCCCGCCCAAAUCACACUAAAUUCCCGACUGAAUCCUGCCCGAGUCUGGGGGAACCAGGCGGCCUGGGAAGCCGGGGACCGGAUAGAGGCCAUCCCUGCAGCAUAAAUCUGCUCCUCAGUAACAAAUGCAGUACGAGGACAAUGGAUGAGGAUGUCACCGGGCUUGCAAUACAUGCUGAAGAGCCUAAAAUAAUAAUACACGGAUCGGAUGACGGUGGUGCCGGUGGGCAGGAGUUUGUUGUGGAGCUUCAAGAGACUGUGUUGGUGUCAGAAGGUGAGGGUGAAGGCAUGGCAGUUCACAGGUUUGCCCCAGAGGAGCUAGUCAUCCAGGAUGCAGUUGAAGAUGUGGUUUCUGAGUAUGUGCAUGAAGAUGAAGAUGUUGCUGUAGAAACCUGUGUGAUGGCUCUAGAGGGCGAAGAGGAAGGCGUUGCCAUGGGAGACAUCCCGGAAGAUGGUCUGGACCCAGAGCAGCAGGAGGAUGACCAAGAUGGCUGUGGAGACUAUCUAAUGAUAUCCUUGGAUGAAGCUGGGAAAAUGGUGUCUGAGGAUGGAACAGAGGUAACUGUGGAAGGAGCUGUGGAGGAUCAGGAGGUGGAGAAGGAUGAAGACGGACAAGAGGUGAUUAAAGUGUACAUCUUCAAGGCUGAUUCAGGAGAGGACGACAUGGGAGAAUCGGUUGACAUCAGUGAUGGAGAUGCAGAGAGCGUUGCACUAACAGAAUCUACGGGCCAAACUCUCAGAGAGAAGAUGGUUUACAUGUCUGUCGGGGAUUCGCACCACAAUCAAGGAAACCAUGGUAUAGAGGACAGCGAGGGCUGUGAAAACCGAAACGGUGCAGCCAGUGCGCUGCUACACAUCGAUGAAUCAGACGGGGUCGAUGAAAUCAAUAGGCAACGCACCAAGAAUAAGAGACGAUCAGAACAUCGGCAGGUCCAGACAGCCAUCAUCAUCGGUCCGUACGGCCAGCCGCUGACAGUUUAUCCCUGCAUGCUUUGUGGUAAGAAGUUCAAGUCGAGGGGUUUCCUGAAGCGACACACUAAGAAUCACCACCAGGAUGUCCUGACCCGUAAAAAGUACCAGUGUACAGACUGUGACUUCACCACCAACAAGAAGGCCAGCCUCCACAAUCACAUGGAGGUUCAUGCACUGAGCAGCAAAGCUCCCUUCGAGUGUGAAUUGUGUGGUAAGGAGUUCCACCAGCAGGGGGCUCUGUUCUCACACAGGCUGCAGCACCACCACAGGGAGCCCAAAGCCCAGCCGCCUCCUCCACCCACUAAGAUGCACAAGUGCAAGUUCUGUGACUAUGAAACUGCGGAGCAGGGUCUGCUCAAUCGACACUUGUUGGCCGUCCACAGCAAAAGUUUCCCUCACAUCUGUGUGGAGUGUGGGAAGGGUUUUCGGCAUCCUUCGGAGCUGAAGAAACACAUGCGCACGCACACUGGUGAGAAGCCUUACUCCUGUAUGUACUGCGACUACAAGUCAGCCGAUUCGUCUAAUCUUAAAACACACAUCAAGACUAAGCAUAGCAAAGAGAUGCCGUACAAGUGUGAGCGCUGUUUCCAGACGUUUGCAGAGGAGGAGGAGUUGAUGCAGCACGGACUGACUCACGAGGAGAAUAAGACCCACCAUUGUGCCCACUGUGAUCACAAAAGCUCUAACUCCAGCGACCUGAAACGUCAUAUCAUAUCUGUUCAUACCAAGGACUAUCCGCAUAAAUGUGCUGUGUGCGGGAAGGGCUUCCAUCGGCCAUCUGAACUAAAGAAACACUCUGUCUCUCACCGCACUAAGAAACUCCACCAGUGCCGACACUGCAACUUCAAAAUCGCAGACCCCUUCGUUCUCAGCCGCCACAUUUUAUCUGUCCACACAAAAGAGCAGCAGGCCUCACCUGAAAAGAGUGAAGUUAAAAGGACAGAGGUGCAAACUCCCGUUGUGGCACCUAAAAAGUCUGCACCUAGUGGGUCGGGCGGCUCCGGCCCGCCUGUCAGGGUCAGUGCAGCCAGCCUAGCCAGCAGUGUGACUGUUGUUAUCGGCAAAGGACAAAAAGAGAAAAGAAUAUACCAGUGCCAGUACUGCGACUACAGCACCGGGGAUGCUUCUGGUUUUAAGCGCCACGUGAUCUCCAUUCACACAAAGGACUACCCUCACCGCUGCGAGAUCUGUUCCAAAGGUUUCCGACGGCCUUCGGAAAAGAACCAGCAUAUCAUGCGUCACCACAAGGACGUGGUGCAGGCAGAGUGACUCUAACGGAGCCAAAUACUGUGCCAGAACAAUGACCAACAUAAAAAAAAACCCUACAUCACCCAACCGAGUCCUUUCACAGUGUCAGAAACAGUCUGGUGGUUUUACUCUACUUUAGUCCAAUCUGUUGUUUUUAGCUCGUUCUAAUCCUCUUGUUUCUUAGCAGAUGUAUCCCCAUGUACAUACCAUUAAGUCUCUGACAUUGUUGGCUCCCUCCCUCCCUCCCUUCUUCAUAGACUUGCACUUUUUAACUGCAUGUCCCCUGCUGGUGACUCUGUGCAUGGCAGUUUGUCUCUUUGUAAAACUUCUUUUUGGAUUUGGCAAGUCGCAAUCAGUUCUCAGUUAAAGUCGGUCCGCAUUAUUUGUCUUAAAAUCAAAGUGUAAUUUUUUCAAAAUGUUUGUGUUAAAAUAUGCAUUGAACACCACAGAGAUUUGGUUUGCCACAUGUACUAAGUAGCACUUGUGAAAUUGAGUUUGUUUGUUUGGGGGAAAGAGAAGGAAGACUUAGAAAAUCUCCUUUUUUUGUUGCCUUCUGGUGCUUUAAACCCGCCAAUAUGUAACAUAAUGCUUUUGUUGUGGUAACAAAAAACAGAAGGGCGUCAAAUAAUAGAAAAAAAAAUCAUUCUGGGCUUCAGGAGUCCCUCACAAUCUUAACAUUUACCUGUAAAAGAAGUGGACACAGUAUGGAAGCGAUUUGUUUGCUCUCAUAUUCACAUAAAUUGAUGUGCAAUCAAUGCUUUACUUUAUGUCUGAUAUUUCUGUUUGUCUGUAAUUGUUUGCAUCUAUUGGAGAAGCCCAAAAUUACUGUUUUUCGAAUCCAUGAAUUCUCACAAAGGAGAGAAAGCAGAUAUUUUUAAAGAUGAUUUGAGUGAAAUGUCUAAAUGUUGGGAAUCCUACAUGUGGUGCUUCAGAACAUGGAACUAUGGACUGAACUGUUCUCUACCAUCAGAUCUACUUUUGCUAGUAGAAAAGGGGAAAAUGUAUCUCUUUCUAGAUGCAAAUUUCAGAUGCUGGUGGUGUACGCAUAUUAUGGCUUUUCAAGAUCUUUCAACACCUGUGAUCAUUUCUGUUUUUAUAUUUAUUUCACUUACAACUCGUUGUAUAGUUAAGUGUAACUAGACUUCUAUGGGACGUAAAUUAUUGUUUUGUAUACAGACCUGUACAAAGCGUGUAGAUGUAAACACUUGAUGAAAAGGAAAUCCGAACUGUGUUGUUAUGGAUGUACGUCUGCGUAUUUGUUAAAAAAUGAUAAUAAAACAAAGUAUUUUAAA